AUUCUGGGUUAAUGUCCCCAUACCUCAUGGGACAAAUGGAUUUGAUGCUGUCUGUCCAUUCUGUGCCACACCAUUGAGUGGUUCACCAGGCUAUGUUCGCCUUAUAUUUCAAGAUAAUGUGGAUUGAAAAAAAUUUGAAAGGGAAAAUCACUACAAAAAUCUCCAUCAUGGUCCUAUUAAUUCAUCAUUGAAGAUGUAAUGAAUACCAAGAAUUUGGGCAGAGAAUUUCUUGGAAUAAUUCAAUUCAGUGUUUGAAACGGGGUGAGUUUAUUUUCCUGGACAAUUUAAUCAUGUCCGGGUUCAGGAAUGUCAAAAAAAUUAUGGCUCACCAUUCCUAUGCCUUAUGGAUUGGACUGUGUGUGAUGGUGAACAGUGUGUCCUGGAAUCACGAACAGAACGGUAUUAGGAGAUGAAACUACGAAUAUAAAACUUUAUUUAAAUAUGCCUUAAACAGUGUUAGUUUGUAGCGUAUUAUUUAUUUUAAAAACGUAAAAACCUGAAUGCCACUGACUCGGAUGGGUGUAGAUACGAAACUAUUAAAAUGGGUUUAUGAAAUUCAAGUGCUGUGGGACCAUGGACUGGAAUAGACUAUAGAUUUACAAGUGUAUCUCAGCCCUUGCUGUAGCUACGGCCUUGAAAUUUCACUUACCGGAAGGUAGUUCAGGUAUUGGCAACAUUGUGAUGUGUUGUUUGUAGUUAUGUGAAUUUGCCAAAAAUUAAUGAUAUAAAGAAACACGGUAUGUUCUAUAUAGAUCGUAUAAAGAGACAUAUUUUGUAGUAUGUUGAUUGCCAUCAUUGUAUACAAGGGGUGUUUGAAAUGCAUUGAAUACUUGUGAAAUUUUUAAUGUAUGCAACUGCAUGUUUGAGCUCUAAUUCUUUUUUUAAUUUUUUUAUUUUAUUUUUAGAGCAACAAUUCAAUUGUUACACAUUCAUUGCAGCUUUCUGCAAUAUCGUUGAAUGCAUUCAGUAGACUGUUUUCAGCUAUCCUAUGUACAGUUGCGGAUGUGACUUGCUUUAUGUCUUGUGUCUAAGCCAAAUUACUGUCUUGGUAGCUCACGUGUAUGCACUAGAAUCAUCCUUGUAUUGCUCAUUGUAAAGUCUGAGACAUUGCAUGCUGUGCAGAUAAUUCACAGGUGCUUGCUAGUACUUGUCUGGCCGUUUCAACUGAAUGAUGUAGGGCACAUUCCUCAGAAGAAUAGAACUUCCUUCUUCUGGUUUUAAUUUCAGAAGUAAAAUAAGUGCUUCUCAAAAGAAGUAGUGGUUUGGCUUUUGAAUGUCUGUCAAAAUGUAAUGAAAUAGUACCCUUGGUUUUUGAAAAACCUUGAUAAAUGACUUUUGCUUUUUUGUUACAUGCGUUUACAUUUGUUUAUACUACGUUAAUCAGGUACUCCAAACAUUCUGCGUAGUGAAAAUGUGUUUCAGCAAAUAAUGCUGUAAAUUUUGUUCUUGAAUGUGUGUUUUUAGUAUGAAACACAAUUAGAAUUGUUGUUAAUAUUGAAUGGUUUGUUUUGUCUGAAUUAAGUCUUCCCAUCUCAGUGAUUUCAGAGUCCUAGGAGAAUUGGAUAAUUCAUUUUAGAUUCUUGUCUCUGAAUUCACAAUAAUAUGCCAUGUUUUUUAUGGUGAAGUGAAAAUAAAAAUCUUGUCUUCAGCAGAAUCUCGCUGAACAUGAAGGUGAAUUUUGCGUACAUCUGCGAAGACAAUCCUUUCACUGUUCUUUUCAUUUUUUGUUUUUGUGCAAUGUCAGCAGAACAAUUAAUUAGUUUUUUAAAUGUGUUUCAUUUUCAAAUAUAUUUUAAUGUGAAUAUGUCUACAUGUUUUUUCAUGAGGGAUACGUGGCUUUUCGGAAAUUUAAACAACCCAAAUAUAAGAUUCAAAUUCGAUAAGUGACUUGUGUGCACAGGCAUUGACUCAGCUGACGUCAUCAGCGUUAGGUGACACAUGUCAACGCAAUGUUUCUGUGGCACAAGCUUUAUAGCAUAGGUUUAAAACUUAUCUGCCAUGUAUUAUGUUAAUUUGCAACUUUCUAUGUGCAAAGUCAUGUUAAACAUGAAUGCUAUCAUAUGUUUCAAAACCACUUAAAAUUACAAGUUCAGACAUAUUCACAUUACAAUCUAUUGGCUGUACCUCUGAAUAAAGCCUACCUUUUUUUAAAAAAAAUUGUUACAUUGUGUAUACAUUCAGGUCUUUUAUAUCCUGCUACAGUUGAGAAGUUGAUUAGCAUAGUAAAUUUGAUAUUUUUCAAACACCCCUGAUAUUCUUUGAUAUUCUUUUGUAUAGAGUAUUCCAUUCUUAAUUAUUUCUCCCUAUUGGUCACAUAUCAUUUAUCUAUGCAUAAAAUUUUUUGCAUAAUGUCAGUGGCACAUGUACUUCAAAAUGCCAUUCUGUUUUUGUAUAAUAAUUCACUAUGUCAUAUGAGACAUUGCCAUUAACUGCUUUUCAAGAUUGUCAGUAGGUUGAGUGGCUAAAUAUAAAUUGAAAGAAAAUUGUAAAUGUUAGUUACCCAAAACUAUUUCACUACACAUUGAGCAGGAAAUUAUAUGUGAAUAUAUUGAAAUGACAUGUUGAUAUAUUGCGUUUGUAUUCAAAAUGUUGGCAGUGAAACUCAAAACAGGGAGUCAUGCCUAAACCAUAUAUUGUAAAAACAAAACCUUGACCUUGUGACACCUACCUUGCCUUGCAUGUGAGAAUUCAAUGUCCCUCGCAGGGAAUAAAAAUGUUAUAUCCUCUGUAUCCAUAAAGCAAGUUUCACUGAAUUAUCAUUUUUAACAUUGUUGUGAUCAUUUGUGCAACAAUGUUGAAAGCUAUGAUCUUGCUACUAGUUGUACCAGUAGUAUCUUAAUUUGAAGUUAUUAAGAUGUGCUACUUCACAAAAUGUACAUCUCGCUAAGUGAUGGGAUGAAUUUUCUUUAUACUUUCUCUAGGCACCGAGAGAACUGAUGUAUUGUCAUUUUUUAUUUGCCUUGUUCAUCACAUAUUAGUCAAGUUACCAGUGUUAUGCAGGCGCAGAGAUUCUGUAUUUUCAUAUGGAAUUACCAGACUAUCUGAGAGGUAGUGUUACUAGACUGUACAUGUUCGUUCAUCUUAUGUUUGAGUGUAUAUAUUUAUUUGCUUAGCUUCUGACAUUGUAUUGUAUGAUUUUUAAUACUAAUUCUGGCUUAUUUUGCUGAUAUUUUAGUUUCAUUAUGAAAUCUUCAAAAUUUUUUCUGAAAAAAUUAGUGACUAAGACCUAUUUCUGAAUAGAUAUGUGCCUAAAAUAAAUUUUUGUUGUUCCUAUCAGAACACUGCAAUGCAAUCUUUUUUAUAUCAUCAGGAACUAUUGUCAAUUUAGGUGUAACAGAUCAAAUCCAAAUUUUUUACUUCUUUUAUAUAUGUGUAAUGUUACAUGUAUGUUAAAUUUACUCCUACCCUUCUACUUUUUCCAAUACAAUUUUAGGUAUGUGUUUGCUUUUAUAGUGCCUUCAUUUUUCCAUUUAUAUCUUCAUAGGAAAAAAAAUUAAUGACUUUUGAAUAUUUUAUGUGCUCUUAAUUGCAGUAAUGACCUUCAAGAUGUUAAAAACGGCUAUUUAUUGAAUAUUUUUGGGAAUACAUUCCUUUUAUAAAAUUUCAGUUUUAACAAAUUCAGAUACCUGAUAUUAUACUAUUCCUUUUGCAUUUUGGUGCAGUUGUGGCUAAAGUAAAUUAAUACUAAUUACAAUGUAAGCUUGAAAGUUUGUAAGUUAUGUGCCUUUGUGUUGGCAUGAUUUCAUGCAUAAUACAUUCACUAUGAUGAUUGAACUGUACAUUAAAGGAAAGGCUGAAAAUUGCUAGGUAGUCGGUGUCAGAAGGUGAAGAUUCAUUGUUAACUUCUGGUAGGAACACUUGUGCAGGAACAUGGUGUGCUAAGUGUGCCCUACUUCAUCUCUAGGUAGAGCACGUGUUUUCAAUCAAAUAAAAUGCUAAUUAUGAAAGGGGGCGAAAUAAUGUACUUAAAUUGAGAAAAUGUAUAAAGAAUUCAAUUCAGGUGAACGUGAAUGAUCAGAUAUUAGGCACCAAUCUCCUUUCUGUUAAAGAGAUAAAUUUACUUCCUUCUUUUUUUUUUAUUAUGAAUUUUGCAAGAAUAAAUAUUUGCAUGAAAUUGCAUAUCAAUUCAGACACAGCUUAGGUCUUGUGUAUUUUGGUUGUGAUUGUGUUUUUUUGUGUUAAAUUGAGAGAAUAAAAUUAUAAAGUUCUGUUUUCUUUCUGUUCUGAAAAAUUCAAUUCCUCACUGUAGAUUCUUGUUAAAAUUCUUUAAUGUGAUUAACAAGUUUGAGGGAUUUUGAAUCUACAAUAAAUCAAUCGAUCUUUUAUCUGCAAUUUCCACUAAACAAUUAAAAUGUUUAGAAGUUAGUUCUUUUAGAGCGAAAUUUCUCCCAUUUUCAGCCAUCCACAUCUUUUUAUCUUGAUUAAAGAUGGGAGAUAUGGUCAUUGAAAAGGGUUCUCAUAGUCACAUUAUUUAGUUCAGAAAAUGUAUAAAGAUUGAAGUGUGAUCAAUUAUGUUAUUAUUUUGCAGUUGUAAUCUAAAAGAUGUUUGUGAAUGUUUUCUUCUUUUUUUGUAUGCAUUUGAAGCAAGUUUUUAAAUUCAUAACCACCAAAUUAUAAUUUUGUUGCAAUAAUAAUUCUCCUGUCAGCUGAAGAUGUCAAGUAAAAUUUACAGACUUAUCUGUUAGCAAUUUUGAUCUUUGGAACCAGUAAGCUGUAAGUAAAGUGUACUGUUGUGAAAAACUCUUGAUGAUGUAUGAAAUUGCUCGGGUCUUACAUAAAUUGAAGAGACAAUCAUAAUAACAGCUUAGUAAAAGUGGUAUUUUUCAUGUUGAGGGGGGGGGGGAGGAUGACUUCAAAUGACAAUAUUUCAACUUGAAACCGUGCUUUAAGACUUUGAUCAUAUCAUGAUCUCAUGAUUUUACUGCUGUACAACCAAUUCUGUAGCUGAGGAUAUUCUGUAAAUGGUAAAUGAAAAUAACAUUUAAAAGAUGAAGAAAUUUCAUGAUUUUCUGAAAUAUUUGUUUAACCUUUUUUAGAUACCUUUUUUUUUUUUAAGUGAAAAAGAUGAG